AAACCACUCAAAGCUUCAGUCAGCGCAGAGCCGAGGCGCAGCACAGCGAUCGAACGAGCGUGAACGUCGACGAGAGUGCCAGCCAGUCAGCGAGUGCACAGUACUCAGAGUCCAUUUUCCAGCCCGCCAGCCAGACGCAUGUCGCUCGAGUACGGGAUGCCCAUCGUGCUACCGCCUAUCGGGCCGCUCUUCGCUAGCAGCGGGUCGCCCACGACCACUCUGCUGGGCUAUGACGAGGAGCAACGCGAGCAGUACGAAGAAGACAUGGCGCGCUACUUCGGCGUGCCACUAGCUCCCUUCAUCCGCCGCAGACCAAUCAGCGACGAGGACAACCUCCGCACACCCACGAGCGUACAGCCCACGAGCGGCUUCCCCAACUCGUCCCCCGUCAAGAAGGACGCAGCGAAGACGAAGACAGUGCUGCCGCUCCUUCAUCUCGACUCCCCCACACAGACAGACGGCGCCAAUGAGACGUCAGGAGAGGAGGAGAAACUGCGCGUCAGUCGCGAACGUAACCGCCUCCACGCUCAGCGCACGCGUAUACGCAAACGCGAGCUGCUCGAGAGUCUAAAGGAGCGGAUUGAGGCGCUCCAGGACGAGUACGAGCUGCUGAAACAGGCCUACGACUUCCACGCCACAGCCGUGUGUCUGUUGAGACUGGGAAACGUCGUGGACGUCCCGUGCGUACAGAAACUCGAGCAGGUCGGCGUCAACUCGAAGGAGGACAGGGACGAGGGCGGACAGCUCUGCGAGGCAGCCAAGACCUCGCACGAGAGCGACGAAGACGACGAGUCCCACGACCAGGAACAGCUCAACGCCAACGGCAAGAGACCGUUAUCGUCCACAGCCACUAACAGCAACGUGCUCGUCUGCUCCAAGGAGGAGCGCGAACGUGUGCGACGUGAACGCAACCGCUUGCACGCACGGAGGGCGCGACUCCGCAAGAAACUCGUGCUCGAAAAGAGCCAGCAGGCUGUACACGACCUACGCGAGCGUAACGACCGUCUUCGCAGUCGCCUGAGUGUGCUGGUGUCUUCAAUCUACGGGUCGGAGGCCUGUCUGGACGACCCGGACGCGACGUCCUGAUCUCAACCCCACGGUUCGACCUUCGCCCCGCUUCAAGGCGGGCUCUAUCUAUCGCUUAUGUUAUCUUUUAUCUAUGGGCCGGCAGUUUGACCGGCUGCGGCUACUUCAAUGUAAAUACAGCAGCAUAGCAUUAUGACAUUUC